AAGUACAUGUAGGUGUCAAAAUGGUAGGUAUUGGUAGGUAUUGCAUGUGUUGUUCUCAAGUUCUCCCAGUUCUGCAAUUACAUUGUUCCAUUGUCUACAAGUAUACUGUAUAAGUUAAACAAGAAACUGAUCCCAUUGCUAAAAACAUGGAUGCAAACUAAUUAUCUAUCCGUCCUGGUAGCUGUUUACCAUUUGAUUACACAUUACCAAUGGAUGUGAUAGAAAAUUCACUUCACUGCUUUGAAUGAACAAAAUCACAUGGGGUGUCUUGUUUGGCCAUGAUCAGAGUAAUAGAACUUUUUUUCUUUUGCAGGUACUUGUCGGUCAUCGGCUUUGUCGUCAAUAUCGACACGUUGAUGCUGAUGAUUCCUGAACUGCUCCAAGUUCAGCGUUAUGUGCUCACCUACAGGUUCAGCCAGGAUCACUUGGAGCUCCUAUUUAAUUUAAUCAGAGCGUCAGGCGGCUGGAAUAACAAUCCAUCGGCACGCCAGUUCCAGGCCAUCUUCCGCCAUCUGAUGGUUCGGUGUGGUGUCUCACCUGGUGAGACAGGCAAUGUGGCAGCCCAAGAUAACACUGUGUCCCUGUCUGCUGUGGAGAUGUCCUCUCCUGAAACUGCUGAAGAGCACCCAUCUCCAUUCGCCAACAUUUCGGCCCUUGUGUGUGACCACAGUUAUCUCCCCACUCGGUUUGGUGGUCUGGUGGAAAAUGCUCUGGUCUACAUAGCAGGGUUUGUAGUCCGGCAGAUUCUACGAAAGCUGUCCUGUGAUGUGUGCCGUGCAAGCUUGGUCAGAGAUGCUGUACCAUCUUCAUUUGACAAGAGCUACCACCUUCUAGCCCUGAAAAACAACGGCGGCCUAGUGAUUCCAUCACAAGGCACAGUGAAGGUGCUGAGAGCUGCAGAGAGGGUGAUCCGCCGAGCUUCAACAAUACAAGCUCCUAAGGUGUCGACAGUCACACACAUCGUCCGGGAGGAGAUUGGAACGGAGGAUGUUUUUCAGCUUGGGGAACACAUUGAGGAGACACAGUUUGGCAUCGACAAUCAUCAUUUUGACUUGUCAUUGGUUGUGUCUGUGUUUCUCAAAAUAAGGCUGUACCACAUUGCCAAACUCACCUCCGUCGAACUGCAGAAAGGGAGCACGAGAAAGAAGCUCUGCAAAACAGUCCUCUUUCAGGGGUUUUAG